UGCAAAUACAGGCUGUCUGUCUGCCUGCCCCUUCAGAGGCAGCAGAGCAGCACGCCGCUUCUUGCACACACACCCUCACUCAUGCAGAGUGCAGAGGACGUGGAGGGUCGAGCCCAGCCAGCAGCACACCUUUGUGUUGUUUUCCUUGCCCCUCUUCCUCUCCCCUCCCUCUUCAGCCUCACUAGUUUUCCUUCUGCUCUGUCCUGUGUGCUCAGACUGUGGUAAGUGUGCGAACUGAAAGCAUACUGGGCGAGAUGCUGCUGAUGCUACAGCUGUUUGGGCUCCACUUCUCUUUCGGGGCCCACUGAGGAAGACAAGGCUGCACGUGAGCUGGGAACUUCAACACAACACUCUGAGAAACAGCCUACAGCUAUCAUUUUUUUAACCUUUUCCACAACAGCCAGUUGCAUUUUCAAGACUCUGGAAUUAAUUGAGCAUUUUAAGACUGAGAGAAAAAAAAAAUAACAAUGAGGACCAAGUUGUGUCACCUGGUUGCGCAGUUCUUUCUCUUAGGAGUGUUGCUCUGUGUGGCGGACAGUAAAGGAACUUUUUAUGGAGGUCAUGUCAAUCCUUUCUAUGGAAACAGAUACAAUCUGUACAAGGCUGGACUCAACCCUCACUAUUCACCAAACAAGCCCAUGACCCGUCACAAAAACCACUGUGCCUAUGUGGUCCAGAAGAACAUCACUUGCACCAUGCAGGAUGGGGUGGCCACAUAUGUGAAGGCUGAGUACACCACCAAGUGCAUCUGGGGUCAGAAGUGUCCUGUUGUCAUGUACAGGACAUUCUACAAGCCAAAGUAUAAGGUGGGUUAUAAGACAGUGACUGAGCUGGAGUGGAGAUGUUGUCCUGGCUACUCUGGAGAAAAUUGCUAUGAUGGACCUACGUCCCUGCCUGACGUCGUGAUGCCGCCUUUCAAGGGAGCAGGUUUGCCCCAUCGCCCAGGCGUGAAGGGCUUCCCCCAUGGCCCUAGACCCCCCGUGGACCAGAGGCCUGGAGGAGGCCAGCUGGAGCCCGGCAAACCCUUCCCCAGUGUGCCUGACCACAGAUCAAUACCCACAGGACAGCUGCCUGCUGGGGAUGGAAAGCCAAACUAUGGAAACAAAUUUGGGAUUUCAGGAGUUACUGGUGAACGUUUGGACCGCAUGGAAGAGGACCUGCGUCGCCUCACCCAGGGUCUGGACACUCUCAACGGGGUGGUGGUUGGCCUUGAAGAGCGACUGCGCACAUCUCUUCGGGAAGACACCAACAAAAUCCUGGUGUCCCUGCUACCCAACACUCCCCGUGUGCCUGACUCCACAGUGGGAUUUGGGGUAAUCCCAGAUGGGACUCCCGAUGGACUGGAAGGAAGAGAAAGCUUCACGGAUCUUGGAGACUUGGCAGGGAGGGUGACAGAAGUGAGAGAUGAACUGCGAGCCAAAACUCACAUCCUAGAGGAGAUCCAGGGGAUGGUCCUGGGACAUGAUGGUCAACUGAAGAAACUGCUGGAAGGACCUAGAGGAAAGCCCAUCCCUGGCCCCAGCUCCACUACUCAUCUUGACGAGAUCCUGGACGCCAGGCUGGCUGGAGUGCGGGCUGAGAUCCUGGAUGGCUUUGAGCGCCGUCUGACCAAUCUAGAGAAUCACUGUGACACAAAGAUUGGGGAAGUGCAGCAGCAGUGCCACAGAGAUCACAUUGAUGGUCAGGCACAAAUGCAGCAGUCUCUGGAUGGAAGAGAGACUGGGCUCAGAGAGGAGUUGGGUUCUUUGCAGGCUCAGAUCCAAGGCCUAACUCUCACUGAGAGCUGCUGUGGACAGGUGAACAGUUUGUCCCAGCGUGUGCUACUGCUGGAGGAGUCAGUUAAAGGUUUGACAGAAUCUCAGAGACAACUCCAGACUGCCCUUGCUGACCAGAGUAUACAUGUAGAGACACUGAUUGAGACCCGCCUGGUGGACAUAGAAGGACGCCUUAAUGCCACAGAGGGUGGAUCUGAUGCUGUAGCCGGCCUCCCUGGUGGUCUGGAUGGCUUCAAGACCAUGCUAGAGGACAAACUGAGGACCCUGGAAGAGAGAGUGUUUGUGGCUGUUGAGGAGCUGAGUAAUGCCACAGCUCCGGCACUCCUGGAGGGUCAGGUGGUCCCUGCACUGGAGACAGAGAUUGAGUCUUUGAGGAGGAGAGUGGAGGGAGACCUGGGUGGCAUUCAGAAACAGUUAAUAGAUCUGGAGCUCCUCUGCACAUCUUCCUGCUCACCCUCCACCCCACCAGCAGGGGGUGUCAGUGUCACUGAAGUUGAAGAAGAGUGUGAGGGGAUGGAGAAAAAGAUCACUGAUAGGUUGGACUCCCAUUCAAACCAGCUAUAUCGCCUAAACAACACCUUGCAAAACUUGCUCUUCCGUAUUGCCCAGGAGGACUCUGACAGCAAUGUCCAGGGAGAGAUCACUCUCCUGAAGGUCAACAUUAACUCAGUGAACCGCACUCUGAAGGGCCUAAAGGACUCUCUUAGCUUCAUUGCAAGUGAAGUGGGCCAUGCUAACAACACCUGGGAGCAGAGAGAGCACCAGCUAAUCAACCAGGUUCAAGGAAUCACAAAACUAGUGGGCCACCAAGCUUCCCUCCUGGGGGCUGGGGAGAGGCGGCUGGCCCAGCUGAAGGGAGAGCUAGUGGCUUUGAAAAAACGGCUGUCUGGGGAACUGCAGGGUUGCCGGAGCACAGCAAUAGAAGUACAGAAGGAGGUGAAGGACGUUGAUAGCAGGGUGAGCAGGGUAGAGGGCCAGUGCGGCGGUCUGGGGGAGUUGGCAGAGCACUUGGAGAGGAUCAGGGCAGAGCUUGAGAGACACUCAGACUCCUAUCUGGCCCAGGUGAAUGGCACCUUGGCCAUCCAUUCAGAACAGCUAGCUGAGCUUAAAGGGGAGGUCAAAAACUGUGCAGCCAAGGAAGGUGCUCAUCCAAAUGGAGACCACUAGCAUUUCAGCUACAGAUUUGGUUUUUUUUUUAAGAGACUUAUGUGCGCUUCCCAUUAGGCUCAAGUGACUUCUUCUGCUUCUCUUCCGUUUCAGACCCUAUUUUUACAGAUGACCAUGACUAAACAAAUGAAAGUAUUUCUCGUAAGCCACCCACCUCCAUUUCUCGAAAUACGCUGACCUGAGCAUUUAGUUCAGUGAAAUAAGGAAGUUACAGAAGACACACCUAUGGUUGCAUAACUGGGCAAUAUUUUCCCUUGAGAUUUUAUUCCAUAGGGCAUUUUAUUUCCUCUGAUCGUGAUUGUUUUGUUUUCUCAUUUUGCUUUUUUAACUUAUAUGAAGUGACUGCAUUUUUAUGAUGUUAAACUGUUUAUAUUAGAGAAAUGAUAACAAAACCAAGUGGUUGAUAUGGGACUAUUACGCUGCUACGGGUUUCUAAUGACAAGCACACUUGACAUCCUCUGUGUGGACACUUGUCUGGUUUCGACAAAAAAUACUGUACGUCAUCUUGGUGCUAUUUACGUUUUCGUAAGCUCUUGUUUUACACAAAAAUUAUGUAUGUGUCUGCUUUGACAGUUGUUUUUGAUUCAUGAUGCAUUGCUCCAAGUUUCAGAGAAGCUCCAAAAACUCACCAUCGGGGGACAGUGACAACGCAUAACAUGGUCUGGUAGACGGAAAGAAAUAAAGUCUCAAACGCUUCAGGAUGGCAGUGUUUUUUAGACACAAUUUUGGCAAUGUAGACCUUUUUUUGAAAGUACAGUAGACAAUACUGAAUAGAGGUAGGUGAUUAUUCUCAUUGCCAGGUCAGCAAAUACCAGUAUCAAUCAAUCAAUCAAUCAAUCAAUCAAUCAAUCAAUCAAUCAAUCAAUCAAUCAACUAUCUUCCAUAAUUGCAUACUACACCUUUAAUCUGGGUAGCUAUGCUCUGGAAAUAACAAUUGGCUGCAUUCAAUGCAGUACAACUUCAUUUGUCCCUGUAAGGGGAACUGUAUGCAGCAGCUCUCCAGUGGAGUUAAUAUGAGGUUUAUAAUGGAGUUAUUAUUGCCUGAUGGUUUGCAGGCUGUAAUUUCUUUGUGUUUUUAAGGACAAUAAUAAACUGUCUGUCCAUUUAUUGUGUGUUAACAAAUCUGAACAAUAAAUAUGAGAAAAAAGAAA